GAUGUGGGAAACUCUGCAGGGUACUGGGGGGUGAGGAGGCAGCGGUUUGGGAUGGGGCAGGGAGGGAGUUGAGCUAACCCCAGCCUGCCUUCUGGCUGGGCCAAUGGGCCAUGGUAAUUAGAUCUGGCCAAUGUGGGCCCUGGGCUCUGGCCUGGGGGCAUAUAAGGGGGGCCCGGGGCAACAGACCCCUCAUAUCACUCAGAGGUCUCCUCUCUCUCUCACCCCACUCCUCUACCCUCCUUCCUUCCUUUGUGCCCAUCACUCCAUCCAUUCAGACUCUUUUCUUCAACGAGCCAUGGAUGUCUUCUCACCAUCCCAGGUCUACUACGACAGAGCGUGUGCUUCCUCUCCAGACAGCCUGGAGUUCGGCCCCGGCAUGGAGCUCGCCGGCUCAGAGGAGGACGAGCACGUCAGGGUCCCCGGAGCCCCUCACCAGCCGGGACACUGCCUGCAGUGGGCUUGCAAGGCCUGCAAGCGCAAGUCCAGCUUCGUCGACCGCAGACGGGCCGCCACCAUGCGCGAGCGCCGGCGGCUGAAGAAGGUCAAUCACGCUUUCGAGGCGCUGCGGCGCUGCACCUCGGCCAACCCGAGCCAACGCCUGCCCAAGGUGGAGAUCCUGCGCAACGCCAUCCAGUACAUCGAAAGCCUGCAGGAUCUGCUACGAGAGCAGGUGGAAAACUACUACAGCCUACCUGGAGAGAGCAGCUCCGAGCCCGGGAGCCCGCUCUCCAGCUGCUCUGACGGCAUGGCUGGCAGCAACAGCCCAGUGUGGCAACAGUUGAAUGCAAACUACAGCAACAGCUAUUCAUAUGCAAAGAAUGAGAGUUUGGGCGGCAAAGCAGCCGGAGCCUCCAGCCUCGAGUGCCUCUCCAGCAUCGUGGACCGCCUGUCCUCGGUGGAGUCCAGCUGUGGACCGGCCGCUCUGAGGGACAUGGCCACCUUCUCCCCCGGCAGCUCCGACUCGCAGCCCUGCACGCCGGAGAGCCCCGGGUCCAGGCCCGUGUACCACGUCCUGUGAAAGGAAAAACCUUCUCUGGAUAUUUUGCCACAGGCGGCGUUUGCGAACAGGAAGAGAUAAGAACUGGUUUUUGUGUGAAGCUGAAGGAGACUCAGCAGAAUGUGAGGACCUGUGGCAAGAAGCUUUUUAUAUUGUACAUGAGACUGUAAAUAUGUAAUGUAAAUGCCCAUUUAUUCUAUACAUGCUGUUAUACCCAAUGAGACGUAUUUAAUAAUGACAGUUAAUGUAAUGUUGCAUUAUUCCAACAUUAAGUGGUAUUUAUGCAGUGUUAUUUCUUACUUUUCAUGUUGUUGUGAACAUUAAAUUUUUUCACUGUUAUGUAUGAACGUUUAAGCUUUUUCUAUUUGGCUUUUUUUUUUGAAGCUCUUCUUCUUCUUCUGUUGUUUCAACGCAUGUGUUCAAGAAACCUAACAAGCUCCAUUCAUCAAAACAAGGUUAACAGACAUAGUAAUGUGUCUUAGUUUACUGUUUUUUUUUUUAUUAAUACAACAGCUAAAUGAAUCAGUUAAGAUCACAAUCAAUCCAUAAUCAACACACAUCCAAAAAUAGGUGGUUUCAUAUGAAAUAAAAGGGGGGAAAUUAUUUAUUAUGUGUCAUGCUCAGGGCUCGACUGUCUCCAGCUAACAAGGUGUGGAGAUCACAUUAGAAACUGAUAGAGGUCAGCUGAUACCAUUAAUCAUCUGACACGGCUGUAAUCACACACGGAGACUGAGGCGCACAAGACGUUACAGCAUUUUAUCCAAACUUUACAUAAACUCACAGUAAAUAUAGUAAAAAUAAAUUAAAAUACUGAAAACAUUUAGUCCGUCUUUGAUCAGGUUUUAUUCUCUAUCUUGCUUUGAUGUGUUUGGGAGUGUGUGAGUUUGGAGGAAGGUUGGGGGGGCAGCAUUGUAUGUGUGUAUGUGUGUGUGUGUGUGUGUGUGUUUGUACCUGUUUGUUCUUUCCUGCCAAAUGUGAGUCAUCAUUAACACCCUGAUUAGACCAUCAGCACUGAGGUUGGGAACAAAUGGCCUUUAAUUGUACUUAUUGUGUGAGUGGGGG